AUGGACCGACGAACAGGGUUCAAUGAAAGAAGAAAGGCAAAUUCAAGAGAAUUCGAUUGCCUGAGAAAAGCAGCGCAUAAAGAAAUCGGAAAAGUCCAACACAAGAUUCAGAAAAUCAACAAGAAAUACAAGGAACUCGAUGAAGAGCACUCGAUGACGAUUUUGAAGCAUACGAAUUCGAGAAAUAGUAUGAAGGAUUAUGCAAAAGAUCUUUCAAAAAUUGAAUUUCCGCGGGAAGAUGAAAAGGAAAAAAUGGACAAACUAAUUCGAAAAACGAAGCACUACGAAGAUAUCUUAGAUUUUCAAGAAAAACAGAAAGCUGAUUUGGUAAAGAAGAUGACUGAUUUGACGGAGGUUUUAAGAGAAGAAAACAAGAAGAUUUUGUGA